AUGAAGUUCUCGGCUCUUCUUUUCGCUACCGUGGCUGUCUCUAGCCCAUUAGGAACCAUCGUUACAACCUCAGGUCGCUUUGCACCAUUCAUUUCAUCUUCUCAACCAGGAGUCUUGUCGUAUCUGGACAUCCCCUAUGCCGAGCCGCCGGUUGGCGAUUUGCGAUUCGCACCACCCGUCGCCGCAAGAACCCCAGUCAAUGAUUCCAUUCGUUUGAGAACAGAGUUACCACUCGGUUGCAUUCAGUAUCUUCCUGCGCACUUGUCGGGCACGGUCGCAACCGAAGCAGGAAACCGAGCCGCACUGUUCCAGCGUGGCGACAAUGCCAACACCACCGAAGACUGCCUCCACCUGUCCGUCUUUGCUCCAAAACCGUCUACCAAGAAACUCCCGGUGGUUAUUUGGAUUCAUGGCGGGGGAUACGUCUUUGGAGGAACCAACGUUCCCUACCAACUUGCUCCCAACUGGGUGCAGCGAUCGCAGCGACACAUUGUCGUUCAAGUCCAGUACCGCCUCAACCUCUUCGGUCUUCCUAAUGCGGCGGGACUAGAAAAAGAUGGGAAGAACUUAAAUUUUGCUCUACUUGAUCAACGAAUGGCGGUUGAAUGGGUGCGCAACAAUGCCGCCUCAUUUGGCGGCGAUCCCAGUCGCAUCACCCUUUGGGGCGAAAGUGCUGGUGCCUAUGCUGUUGAUGGCUACCUCUAUGCUUUCCAGGAUGAUCCCAUUGUCGCCGGCGUCAUUGCAGAUUCCGGAAACGCGCUUCUAAUCGAUACCGUUACCUCGCCCACCGUAAACACUACCCAAUUCAGUCGAAUUGCAAAGCGGUUCGGCUGCGAGAACAACGACCCAACAGCGGAGUUGGCUUGCAUGAGACAAGUGGAUGAAAGAAAACUGCAAGAGUAUUUGCAAGCACCAGUUGGUACAAAGGGUGCUUCCGAUGAUGAUCUCUCCUUUGGAACAGUCGUUGACAACGUCACAAUCUUCUCCAAUUACACCGACAGAACAGUGCGCGGGCAGUACGCCUCGACUGUUCCGCUGCUGAUUGGCACGAACACUGAUGAAGGGAACGCAGUCGUCCCGUACAAUUUCCCGAAUAGCGAGACAUCAACUAGUCUCCCGGCUGAUCUGCAACCUAUUGCGGACGGAUUUGGUAACAACUUGCAAUGUUCCACGAUUCAUGAAGUUCGGCUACGUACCGAGAGCGAAGCGCCAACAUGGCAAUACCUCUACUCGGGAAACUUUAGCGAUAUUUCUCCACGCCCAUGGCUAGGUGCCUAUCACACUGCAGAGCUUCCGCUUGUCUUUGGCACGUUGGGGUCGGAAGCUAAAACCACCCGGUUCGAGGACAACGUUAGCCGGUACAUGCAGGAUGCGUGGUUAGCGUUCAUCAAGGAUCCAGCUGGAGGUCUACCAAGAAUUGGCUGGCCAAACGCGCAAACUGAUAAAAUAAUGACAUUUGGAGACGGUUGUGUGAGCAAAGUUGUUAACUCAGAGAGCUUGAGAGCUAGCUGCCGCAAGCUGGGCCAAGUCGUGUAA